UGCAACUCCACCUUCGAGUAUUAUGAAAAUGGAUUUGGAUGGAUGGGUUUGUUACAGCUGUUCUUUUGUGUAAACAUAAAUGGAAAGCGUCAUGUAGAAAAAUGAACUUUACAAACAUCUACUGAAAGAAAAGAAAAGAAAAUGGCAGUUUCUGGAUUAGGAGGCUUGGAUGUAGACAAUGUUGAUCAGAAAAAUAUCCCGAGAGGUACUAUCUCUACUUACACUUGUGAUGACAUUGAAGUGAUAAAGAAAUUUCUGAAAGAUGGACAAAUGAAUCAGGUCAAAGACAUAAUUCGAAGCAAUCACUGGUCUAUUAAUCAUCCAAUUAGAAAAGAAUUAUGGCCGCUUCUUUGUGUUCAUUAUGGAAAAGAAAAAUUUCUUGAAGGUUUUUAUGAAGAAACAUUGGAGGAAGUUUUAGGUAGUCACGAUGGUACACCUUCUUCAUUACCAUCCUUUGUAGAUCCUUCGUAUUGCAUGAAUUAUUUUUUAAAUAAUGCCGGAAAGAAAAAAACAAUGAGGGUUAUGUGCGCUAUUUAUCGCACUCAUCCAGAAAUAGUGUACAGUCCCUUAAUUUACCCUUUGUCGUCUCUUCUUAUGCAUUAUAUGAACGAAGAGCAAGUAUUUUAUUGCAUUUCUAACUUAAUAACUUCAAAUACUAAAGAUUUUAUAAGUCAAACAAGAAAUACGCACGAAGAAAAAGCUUAUGUCAUGCAGAAAUUGACAAAGAAAUUUGCAUUCACAGGAAAUAUUAAAAGCGAAUUUCUUGGAGGUGGUACUUCAGAAAGAAUCGUCGAAUUCUGCUUGGACAUUCCCGUUCCAUUGGAGAAGUUCAUAAAGAUUGCCUAUGGAUUUAGAAGACUUAGCGGAACGGUAGUAAAUCAGUUAUUACUAAAAGCACAAAUGACUAUUAAAAGCCACCAGAUUAAAAGGGUUCGCUCUGCUUCUCUUGAAUGUUUACGUACAUCAGAAUCAUCUUCCCGACUCGAAACAUCCUCUUUAGACAUUGUCAUAAAAGAUGAAACCGGAAACGGAAAAGCAGUCCCCAUAGGAACGGCUCCUCUCGGCAAGUUUAUUUCGGACAUACUGUCUCAAGAACAGAUUGCAAUUCUUUGGAGUUGGUUACCUUCACGAAUAACUAUUCUCAUGCCUCAACUAGUAUAUUCAUCAAACGAACACGGCUGCUGUCUUACUGCAUUUUACAUGAAGGUUGACUCUUGGGAACCCACAAUACUUAUCGUAAAGACAAACAAAAACGAGGUUUUUGGAGCUUAUUGUUCCAGCGACUGGGCCACUAGACACAAGCAGGACAACAAAGGAAAUCGACAAAGAUAUUUUGGAACGGGAGAAUCGUUUCUCUACAGUUUUUCACCUAAUCCUAAAAAAUAUCCUUGGAUAGGAUUGGAACAUCAUGAAAAUCAUUUAACUCCUGCCCAACAACUAUUUAUGUGUGCUUCUAAUUCGAUGAUCUGCAUAGGAUCGGGAGAAGGACAAGGUCUGUGGCUCGACGAAUCCCUGACAUUCGGAAGGACAGAAACCUGCGCCACCUUUAAUAACGACCCGCUGUGCAGCACUAACGACUUUACUUGCACUUUUGUGGAAGUAUUCGGAUUCAAAUAGAUAAAUCUUAGUUUUUUUACAUUUGUAUACACACAUUUUUUGCUGUAAAGUAUCAUUCUGUAAUUAUUUGAAUAUGAUUUCUUUUCAUAUACAUUGUUAAAAAAUUGAGAUUAUCUACAAAGCAUUAUAUAUAGUUUUUUUUCCCCCCAUUGUUAUCGGUGAUAUAUACUCAUUCCAAUGUUAAUUAUAUUUUUUGACAAGUGACUUUGAUUAUAGAGAUUAAGGCUGUAAAUCGUGCACAUGCCAAACAUUCAAUCUCGAUAUAAUUCACAGCUUUUUUUAUAUAACUUCGAACGUAAUACACAAAUCUGCAGUCUGUAGAAAACAGUGUUGUUACAGAUUGUUCAUAACUUUGUCAUUAGAAUAUAUAUAAAUUAUGUAUAUUAGUUAUAGCCAAAGUGGUACUUUCUACUGUUUUUCUUGCUACAUACAUAUAUAUAUAUUUUUUUUUCCUGUAAAUAUAAUUUUUUUAAAAUAAUUAUGUAAAGUGAAUGUUGAUGUUUUAUAGUUAACUCAUUUUAUUACAAAAGAAAAUAUUUUGUAAUUAAUAUAGAUGUAUACAGUUGUUGCAUUUUGUGAUGCUAUAUUUAAAAACUUAGCAAUUUACAAAAAUAUUUGGCCAUAUUUAUAUCGAACGUUCCUUUGAGGGACAAUACAUUCUAGUCAUAGUCAUAGAAUGUUCCUUUACUUGUUUACUGCUAAUUAUUUGUGAUUGGGGGAAAAAUCAAACGGCAACAAGUUUGUUGCACCAAUGGUUUUUGUCCCGUAGGACGCCUCCGCGAGAGAAAAUGUAGUUAUCGACAAGGUUAUGUUGUUAUAUCGAUGCCUUAUUAAUGUAAUUGUAUUUUGCCCGUUAAUUUAUUUCAAAUUAUUUAUAAACUUGUUAACCUUUCAAAAUUUUUAGAAGUUUGCAUAGUAAUUAUUUGAGAGACGUAAUCGUUAUGCUUAUUGUUGGAAUGUUCUCCGAACGUGCAGUGUCGGCGACUCCGUUUUCUACAGGAGCGCUUAACGUAAACAGUUUUAUUGUUAUUAUUUCAAUACUUUGUUUUCAAACUGUAAUUAUAAAUCGUAACACUACUUUUUGUAAUUGUGCCACAAACAAAAUGGAACAAACAAUAUGUAA